AUGGAAGCCAAAGUGCGGUUCCACGUGCGGCAGUACCUGCGCGAAUGCGAGGCGCGCGGCGCGUGUCCAGGCGACGUCACCGUCACGUCGCACUUGCGCGAAACGUAUGCCGAGUACCAGCGCAAACCACUGGCUGCACUGCGCAAAGUCGUGGCCAAAGUGCUGACAACGACCGCCGCGCCGGUGCCAGGCCUCGAGACCAACCAAAUGGACUCUACGGACAACAAUACUACGACGACCGCCCGCAAUUGUAACAAUGCGACGAUCGCCAAUAAUCACGCGACGAUCGCCAAUAAUCACGCGACGAUCGCCAAUAAUCACGCGACGAGCCAUCCAAUCAGCGCUGGCCGCCGCCCCACCCACGCGCCGGGCAAGAAGACCCGCAAUAAUGGCAAUACAACGCACGGCCGCAGUGCCUCGAGCGCCGACGGCCCGAAGCGCGCGCGCACCGACGACGACGACGACGAGCGCCUCGAGCACACGGCCGGCGCAACACGUGCCGCAACCGGUGCGGCCAAUGCACUGACUCGCGCCGUGCAACUAACGUACGUGGCCCAGGCCCCAAACGCGUCAAAAGCAGCGGUGAAAAAAGCGAAACGUGGCCGGCACAAGAUAGAAAAAGCUCUCGAGCAAAACAGCGACAACAACGACGACGACGUGGGGUUUGUCGUCGAGCGCCCCGACGUGCGGUACGCGGACAUGGGCGGCCUCCACGCGGUGCUGCAGGACAUUCGGGAGCUCAUUGAGUACCCGCUGAGGCAUCCCGAGCUCUACGUGCACUUGGGGGUGGAGCCCCCGCGGGGCGUUCUGCUGCAUGGACCGCCCGGGACAGGCAAAUCGAUGCUGGCGCACGCGAUCGCCGGCGAGUGCGGCGCGACGUUCCUCAAGAUCGCCGCGCCCGAAGUCGUGUCGGGCAUGUCGGGCGAGUCGGAGCAGAAGGUGCGGGCGCUGUUUGCAGAAGCCAUUGCGUGCGCGCCGUCGAUCGUGUUUAUCGACGAGAUUGACGCGAUUACGCCCAAGCGCGAGACGUCGGCACGGGGCAUGGAGAAGCGCAUUGUCGCGCAGCUGCUCACGAGCAUUGACUCGCUGAGUUUGGCCAACACGGGCGGCAAACCCGUGGUGCUCAUUGGCGCGACGAACCGGCCCGACGCGCUCGACUCGGCGCUGCGGCGCGCGGGCCGCUUUGACCGCGAGAUCUGUCUCGGCAUCCCCGACGAAGCAGCGCGGGACAAGAUCUUGCGCGUCUUGGCACGGAAAAUGACGCUCGAGGGGGCGUUUGACUUUGCAGCGCUCGCGCGUCGCACACCGGGGUACGUGGGCGCAGACCUCGUGUCGCUGACGAAGGAAGCGGCGGUUGGCGCCGUGAACCGUAUCUUCACGACCAUGAAGGAAGCGGACAAGGCGGCCGUCGCGAUGGAUGCAACGAGUGAGGUGGCUGUGUCCGAGACAGCGGGGACAAGUGGUGUCAGUAAUGGAGUGACGGAGAUGGAGCUGACGCUGGAUCCCGCGACGGAGCAGAGUGGGGAUGCGCUCCGGUCGGCAGCAAAUGACGUGCGCGUUCAGGUGACGCCGUUCACGGAAGCGCAGUUGGCGCCGCUCAGCAUCACAAUGGCGGACUUUGAAGCUGCGAUUCCAAAGGUGCAGCCGAGUUCGAAACGCGAGGGGUUUGCGACGAUUCCAGACGUCUCAUGGGACGACAUUGGUGCGCUGAAGGAGGUCCGCGACGAGCUGUCUCUUGCCGUGCUGCAGCCCAUUGCGCACCCGGAAAGGUUCGCAGCGCUUGGCUUGUCCAUGCCUGCUGGCGUGUUGCUGUACGGGCCACCGGGUUGCGGCAAAACGUUGCUGGCAAAAGCCAUUGCCCACGAAAGCGGAGCCAAUUUUAUCAGCAUCAAGGGACCUGAACUGCUCGACAAGUACGUGGGCGAGUCGGAGCGGUCCGUGCGGCAGGUGUUCCAGCGCGCCCGCGCGUCGUCUCCCUGUGUGAUCUUUUUCGACGAGCUCGACGCUCUCGCGCCGCGCCGCUCCAGUGGGUCCAAUGGCGACGCUGGCGGCAACGGCGUCAGUGAGCGCGUGGUGAACCAGUUGCUGACCGAGAUGGACGGCUUGGACGGCCGGCGCAACGUGUUUGUGAUUGCCGCGACGAAUCGCCCCGACAUUAUCGACUCGGCCAUGCUGCGUCCCGGUCGCCUCGACAAGCUGCUGUACGUCCCGCUGCCGGCAGCGGCCGAGCGGUAUCAGAUCCUCCAGACGCUCGCGUCCAAGUGUGCGAUUGCAUCGUCGGUUCAGCUCGAAGCUAUUGCCGCCGACGAGCGCUGCGAGGGCUUUAGCGGCGCCGACCUCAGCGCUUUGGUUCGGGAGGCGGGCGUGGCGGCGCUGCGGGGGACGGACUUUUCGACGGCCGCGACGGUCCGAUUACGCAUUGAGCACUGCCACUUUCUGAGUGCGCUCGACCGCGUGGUCCCGUCCGUGUCCCGUGCUGACCAGCGCCUGUUUGACCGCAUGCAGAAGAAGAACCUGCGGAACUCGCGGUCCGACUUGACGCGACGCUCGAGCGGCGCGGCCGUCCCGCUGAGCAGCGCAGCAAAGGGCGCAAGAAGUGGAGCUGCUGACGCUGAAGACGGUCGGGCGACUGGCGACGUCGAUCGGUCGUAG